AUGGCCGCCGUCUCGGACACCCGCUUCAAACUAAACACCGGCGCGGAGAUCCCCGCCUUGGGUCUCGGCACCUGGCAAUCCGCCCCCGGUGAGGUCGAAAAGGCCGUGAGCCACGCCAUUUCCGUGGGAUACAGGCACAUCGACGGUGCGUUCUGCUACCAGAACGAAGAGGAAGUCGGCAAAGGCAUCAAAGAGGCCCUCGCUUCGGGCAAGGUCAAGCGGGAGGAUCUCUUUGUCACCACAAAGCUAUGGUGCACCUACCAAACCCGGGUCGAGGAGGCUCUGAACCUGAGCUUGAAGAACCUGGGCCUGGACUACCUCGAUUUGUACCUCGUCCACUGGCCUCUGCUCAUGAACCCCGAAGGAAACCACCCUCUCUUCCCCAAGCACCCCGACGGUUCCCGGGAUAUCAUCCACUCACACUCGCACAUUGACACCUGGAAGAGCAUGGAGAAGCUGCUGGCGACCGGUAAGGUCAAGGCAAUUGGUGUCUCCAACUACAGCAAGCGCUACCUUGAAGAGCUGCUUCCCCACGCCACGGUGAUUCCCGCCGUCAACCAGAUCGAGAACCACCCUUCUCUUCCUCAGCAGGAGAUUGUCGACUUCUGCAAGGAGAAGGGUAUUCACAUCACUGCCUACAGCCCGCUGGGCAGCACUGGCAGCCCGCUCUUCACGGCCGAGCCUAUUGUGAAGGUUGCAAAGGAUAAGGGCGUCACUCCCGCCACCGUUCUUCUGAGCUGGCACAUUGCCCGUGGAUCCUCCGUGCUCGCCAAAUCAGUCACGCCUUCUCGCAUUGAAGACAACCGCAACCUGGUCAAGCUGGAUGAUUCGGAUCUGGCUACUAUUGCCAAGUACACCGACGAGCUGGCUGCGAAGAAAGCAUUCCAGCGAUUCGUCUACCCGCCCUUUGGCAUUGACUUUGGCUUCCCGGACAAGUCUUAG